AUGGGUGCUCCGGUGAGCUGGGGAAGCAAAAAGCAGUCAAGUGUGUCGCUGUCAACAAGUGAAGCUGAGUACAUUGCACUAAGUCUGGCGAUUCAAGAAGGCAAGUGGGUGCAUCGAUUGCUGUGCGAGAUUCUGGUAGCCGCAGAGGACAAGUCUGGACCCGAGCUCAAGAUCAUGGAAGACAACCAGUCGUGCAUCAAGAUGACGAAGAAUCCUGUGAACCAUGGUCGGGCCAAGCACAUCGACAUCAAGUACCACCACAUUCGUGAUGAAGUCAAGCGUGGUGAUGUCAAGUUGGAGUACUGUGAGACUACGACUAUGUUGGCGGACAUCAUGACGAAGGGACUGCCAGGACCGCGUCACAAGGACUUGACGGCAGCGCUCGGCAUACACGCGUGUUCGCAUUGA